AUGAUUUCCACGGAGGUCGUGGAGAUGUUGUCCAAGGGCGCUAUAGAGGAAUUGCCGUUCGCCACCCCAGGCUUUACGAGCAAUUUGUUUCUGGUGCCCAAGAAAGGGGGCGGGGUUCGCCCUAUAAUAAAUCUUCGCCCAUUCAACGCCUUUCUACGCUACCAACACUUCCAGAUGGAAGGUAUACACUGCUUCAGAGACCUUCUACGCCAGUCAGACUGGUUGGCCAAGCUGGACCUGAAGGACGCCUACUUUACGGUCCCCAUCGCUUUGGAGUUCAGGGAUUAUCUCCACUUCACCUGGCACGGGCGUCGUUGGCGCUUCACCUGCCUGCCUUUCGGUCUCUCCUCGGCCCCUUGGUGCUUCACCAAGCUCAUGAAGCCCGUAGUAGCAUUCCUCCGGUUCGCCUCAUUAUCUACCUGGACGAUAUCCUGA